AGAGCUAGUUCAGACAUGGCGGAUUCCGCGCGGAUGCAAAUCGCGCGGUUCUAAACGCAAGUGUUCAGACAGGCGCGGAUGUACAUGCGGAGUGCCGUUAUUCGCAUAGGGUGACAGUCCAAUCAUGGAAGUCGAAGAAGCAAUAUGUGUGUACUUGUUGCUCCGUAAAAAAGAAAGAAAGAAGAAACGGCAGUAUUGGGUGCAUCCAAUAUUACGCGAUCGGUUUACUCAUGGUCAGUUUCAGACUUUAUAUCCAAAAUUAAGAAGUUUUGAACCAAAAUUCUUCAAUUAUUUGAGAAUGUCGAUAAAUUCAUUUGAUGAAUUAUUAGAAAUGAUGAGUAAACAAAUUGAAUCUAAUGAUACCCAUAUGAGGUCAAGCGUGUCCCCAGAAGAAAAACUCGUGAUCACAUUAAGAUAUCUGGGUACUGGUUGUUCCUUUGGAGAACUACAUUACAACUUUCGUCUUGGCAAAUCUACAAUCACAGGAAUUGUCCGUGAAGUAUGUGAAACUCUGUGGGAAAAAGUCACAAAAAACGUCAUGCCUGAACCCAGCGAAGAUAUAUGGAAGAAAAUAGCUAAAGAUUUUGAAAAAUAUGCAAAUUUUCCCAAUUGCAUAGGCGCCAUAGAUGGCAAGCAUAUAAGGAUUACAAAACCCAAAGAUUCGGGUUCUUUGUAUUAUAAUUACAAAACUUUUUUUUCCAUAGUACUGUUGGCACUUUGUGAUAGUAACUAUUGUUUUACUUUCAUAGAUAUCGGAUCUUACGGAAAAAGUAGUGAUUCUGCAAUUUUUAAAAAUUCAGCAUUUUAUAAAAGGUUAUCAAGAGCUCGACGUUUUAUUGAAUGCACUUUCGGAAUUCUGGCAAACAAGUGGCGCAUUUUUCAUAGGCCUAUAAACGUGAAUAUAGACUUUGCCGAAGACAUAAUAAAGGCCUGUUGCGUGCUACACAAUUUUGUUAGAACUAGAGAUGGUAUACAGUAUGAAGAUACUUUACAUACUGCGCCAAUGAGUAAUCUUAUUACAUUACAUGCAGGAAGGGGUACACCAUCAUCAUUAAACAUUAGAGACAAAUAUGCUAAUUACUUUGUGAAUGAGGGUCGUGUAGAAUGGCAAGACACGAAAAUAUGAAAUUAAAAUUGUUACAGUUCGCGCCAAAUAACUAAACUCAAGAUGGCGCGUCGCGUUGGUGGGUUGUACAUAUUACAGUUAAUAGCUAUACGUUACUGUGGUAACGUGAUAGUUUUCCCGCGCUCGUUACGUACCGCCAAACAACGUUAUACACAUUUCAGUUAUUUGGGGUGGACUG